CGGAGGCGGCGCCGGCCAGGCCGCCCGGGCGCCUAUGGACGCGCGGAGCCCGCUGUCUCCCCGGGCCAGCGCGUUCAGCAUCGCCUCUCUGGUUGCAGCAGAGGUCGCAGAGCGCACCGUUCGCCUGGGCCCCGGGUCCUCCGACCAGGCGAAGCUCCACCGGCUGUUGGGAUCCCCGGCCGGGAUGCACUUCAGCACCGUCACCAGGGACAUGGAAGCCUUCACGGCCAGCAGCCUGAGCAGCCUGGGGGCCGCGGGGGGCUUCCCGGGCGCCGCGUCGCCGGGCGCCGACCCGUACGGCCCGCGCGAGCCCCCGCCGCCGCCGCCGCCGCGCUACGACCCGUGCGCCGCCGCCGCCCCCGGCGCCCCGGGCCCGCCGCCGCACGCCUACCCGUUCGCGCCGGCCGCCGGGGCCGCCACCAGCGCCGCCGCCGAGCCCGAGGGCCCCGGGGCCAGCUGCGCGGCCGCCGCCAAGGCGCCAGUGAAGAAGAACGCGAAGGUGGCCAGCGUGAGUGUGCAGCUGGAGAUGAAGGCGCUGUGGGACGAGUUCAAUCAGCUGGGCACCGAGAUGAUCGUCACCAAGGCCGGCAGGCGCAUGUUCCCCACGUUUCAAGUGAAGCUCUUCGGCAUGGACCCCAUGGCCGACUACAUGCUCCUCAUGGACUUCGUUCCAGUGGACGACAAGCGCUACCGGUAUGCCUUCCACAGCUCCUCCUGGCUGGUGGCCGGGAAGGCGGACCCUGCCACACCAGGCCGUGUACACUACCACCCUGACUCGCCUGCCAAAGGUGCACAGUGGAUGAAGCAAAUUGUGUCCUUCGACAAGCUCAAGCUGACCAACAACCUGCUGGAUGACAACGGCCAUAUUAUUCUCAACUCCAUGCACAGAUACCAGCCCCGCUUCCACGUUGUUUAUGUGGACCCACGCAAAGAUAGUGAGAAAUAUGCUGAGGAGAACUUUAAAACCUUUGUGUUUGAGGAGACUCGCUUCACUGCGGUCACUGCCUACCAGAACCACCGGAUCACGCAGCUCAAGAUCGCCAGCAACCCCUUCGCCAAAGGCUUCCGAGAUUGCGAUCCGGAGGACUGGCCCCGGAACCACCGGCCCGGCGCGCUGCCGCUUAUGAGCGCCUUCGCGCGCUCGCGGAACCCCGUGGCCUCCCCCACGCAGCCCAACGGCGCAGAGAAAGACGUGGCCGAGGCUCGACGAGAAUUCGAGCGCGACGCGGGCGGACCGGCCGUGCUCGGGGACCCGGCGCACCCGCCGCAGCUGCUGGCACGGGUGCUGAGCCCCGCACUGCCCGGGGCCGGCGGCGCCGGCGGCCUCGUCCCGCUGCCCGGUGCGCCCGGAGGCCGGCCCAGCCCUCCGCACCCCGAGCUGCGCCUGGAGGCGCCCGGCGCGUCGGAGCCGCUGCACCACCACCCCUACAAGUACCCGGCUGCCGCCUACGACCAUUACCUCGGGGCCAAGAGCCGGCCGGCGCCCUACCCGCUGCCCGGCCUGCGCGGCCACGGCUACCACGCGCACACGCACGCGCAUCCGCACCACCACCACCCCGCCGUGAGUCCGGCAGCCGCCGCUGCCGCCGCCGCCGCCGCUGCCGCCGCCGCAGCCGCCAACAUGUACUCGUCGGCCGGGGCCCCGCCUCCCGGCUCCUACGACUACUGCCCCAGAUAAUGCGGGCGCCCGCCAGCUGCUUCCCCGCCCGGGGUCCCCGCACAGCCCCGAGGGCCGUCGGGGUCCCAGUCCACCCAGCCCCAAGGGCCGUCCAAGAACAUGUUCCUCCAGCCCCGGGGGCCAGUGCGG